AAUGAUAUUCAAGGCACUUGCGACUCGCCUGUGACUGUAGAAAAGGGGGGAAAGCACCAAGAAAAAAUAGAGAGAGAACCUCACCUCCUCUCACAGCGAGUGAGGUAGGACUGAGGUAGGGAGCAAGAGGCUGUGGAGUUAAGAGAGAGGCAGCAGCGGCGGCUCCAGUGAGGAGUGUCUAAUUGCGCUUUAUUAGAAAGAGUCAUUUCAACACAUAUUUCGACAUGUCAUCGUCCGGGAAAGACAACAGCGGCGCCCAACACGCCAAUUACGUGGGACCUUAUCGUUUGGAGAAGACGCUCGGAAAAGGACAGACAGGAUUGGUAAAGCUUGGAGUGCACUGUGUAACAUGCCAAAAGGUUGCCAUAAAGAUUGUCAACCGUGAGAAGCUAAGCGAGUCAGUACUAAUGAAGGUGGAGCGAGAAAUAGCUAUUUUGAAGCUCAUAGAACACCCACACGUUUUAAAGCUACAUGAUGUCUAUGAAAAUAAAAAAUACUUGUACCUUGUGCUAGAACAUGUAUCUGGUGGUGAACUGUUUGACUACUUGGUGAAGAAGGGCAGAUUAACACCAAAAGAGGCCAGAAAAUUCUUCAGACAAAUCAUGUCUGCCCUGGAUUUUUGCCACAGUCAUUCAAUAUGCCACAGGGAUCUAAAGCCUGAGAACCUCUUGUUAGAUGAAAAGAACAACAUCAGGAUAGCAGAUUUUGGUAUGGCCUCUCUUCAGGUUGGAGACAGCCUAUUGGAAACCAGCUGUGGAUCACCACACUAUGCAUGCCCAGAAGUCAUAAGGGGGGAAAAGUACGAUGGAAGGAAAGCAGAUGUUUGGAGCUGUGGGGUUAUUCUUUUUGCUCUUUUGGUGGGCGCCCUGCCAUUUGAUGAUGACAACUUAAGGAAUCUCUUGGAGAAGGUGAAGCUGGGAGUGUUUCACAUGCCACAUUUCAUUCCUCCAGACUGUCAGAAUCUCCUCCGUGGUAUGAUUGAAGUGGAUGCAUCCAAAAGACUAACGUUAGAAAAGAUCCAGAAGCACUCGUGGUACAUUGGUGGAAAAAACGAACCGGAGCCAGAGCAGCCUGUUCCCAGAAAGGUAACCAUCCGCAGCCUGCCUUCUGCAGACGACAUCGACCCAGAUGUACUGGACAGCAUGCACUCCCUGGGCUGCUUCAGAGACAAAAACAAACUUCUUAAAGACCUGCUAUCAGAUGAUGAGAACCAAGAGAAGAUGAUCUACUUCUUGUUACUCGAUCGUAAGGAGAGGUACCCCAGUCAAGAGGACCAGAACCUUCCACCUCGCAACGACGUUGACCCACCAAAAAAGCGGGUUGACUCUCCAAUGUUGAACCGUCAUGGCAAGAGGAGGCCAGAGCGGAAAUCCAUGGAGGUUCUGAGUGUCACUGACGGAGGCUCGCCAGUACCAGCCAGGAGAGCUAUCGAUAUGACACAACAUGGACAAAGUAAAUCAGUGUACAGUAAAAGCUUGGAUAUUCCAGACGCCAGAACAAAAUGCAGCAAAGAAGAAAGGUCGCGGUCUAUUAGUGGAGCCUCUUCUGGCCUAUCCACCAGCCCCCUCAGCAGCCCACGGGUUACCCCUCACCCUUCCCCUCGAGGCAGCCCCCUCCCAACCCCAAAAGGCACUCCAGUACACACUCCUAAGGACAGCCCUGCAGGAACUCCGACUCCCACGCCACCCCCAAGCCCGUCCAUUGGCGGCAUGCCUUGGAGGACGCGCCUCAACUCCAUCAAAAACAGCUUCCUGGGGUCUCCACGCUUCCACCGUCGGAAACUCCAAGUUCCUACGCAAGAGGAGAUGUCCAGUCUCACACCAGAGUCUUCCCCAGAACUUGCCAAAAAAUCCUGGUUUGGUAACUUCAUUAACUUGGAAAAAGAAGAGCAGAUCUUUAUUGUCAUCAAAGACAAACCUCUCAGCUCCAUCAAGGCAGACAUCGUACAAGCCUUCCUUUCGAUCCCCAGCCUGAGUCACAGUGUCAUCUCCCAAACAAGUUUUCGAGCAGAGUACAAGUCCACGGCCGGCCCUACAGUCUUCCAGAAGCCGGUUAAGUUUCAGGUCGACAUCACCUACACGGAGAGUACAGCUGCCACGAAAGAAAACGGCAUCUAUUCUGUAACCUUUACUCUGCUCUCAGGUCCAAGCCGACGUUUUAAGCGAGUAGUCGAGACAAUUCAAAGCCAGUUGUUAAGCACACAUGAUCAGCCUGGGGUCCAACAGCUCUCUGGAAUUAUCCAGAAAACCUAUUAAAGUCCCUCCUCGCGCUCCAUGCUCCUAUCGCCCUCCCUCAACUACCCUCCAUCCACCCCUUUCGAAUGUGCCAAGAGUUUCGGACAGGUGUCAGUGGAGGAUUCCUUUCCGAGACGUGCCGAAAACAGACUUCCACCUUCAACUGCUCUCCAACUCCACCUCUGGCACCCGUCAGUAGAAGUAGAUGAAAAUCCUUGCGCAUUUUCACCUUACUUAAUCAUGCACUCCAGACAUCAGUUCCUUGAUUUUUUUAAGGGAUUUUUCUUUAUUCUAUAUUAUUGGAAAUAAAGCACUGAUCAAAAACACAAGAUACAACAUACAAAAAUCAUGCACAAAAAAACUCUGGGAUGUACUCGUAUUAACUUUAAUAACAUAAAAAAAUAUAUUAAAGACUUUUUGAAAUGUUAGGAGGAGGGAAGAGAAGAGGAUGUGUUGUGAAAAGCCCAAACAACCAACACAGGCACUUGCCGGAUUGUAUUCGAUUUCUUUUUAUUGUACUUUGUGAUGAACUAGGUUUGAUUUCUGAAUUUUACAAGACUUGAUACUAUUGCUGCAAAAUGGACUGAAAUUCUGAUUUCAGAGAGGAUGGGGCUGUUAGCCGAACCGGCCAAAGGGAGGAUGGGGAGAUCAAAUGAAAGUAUGGGGGGGUUGCAGGGAGGGUUAUGUGGGUAUUUAAAAUGAAUGAUCUAUUCUCUUGUACAAACUGAAAGCAUUUUUAAUGUAAAAAAAAGAAAAAAAGUAAUGCCUAGUUGUGACACUGUUGGAUAUCAUAGAAACAGGCAAAUGAAGCUACGCCUGUUCAUUCUCUCAUUUUGAAUUCUGUGUAUUUCUGUUUCCUUGUCUGAUCGACCAGGAAAUGAUCCGAACGUUCCCAGUUCUCUGCAGCACUUUCUUUGAUUUUCCAUUUGUACCUCUCUCUUAGUCUCCAAUACCAGCAGUAGGAGUAGAGGAACAAAGAAAAAAAAUGUGAUAAAUGCAAUUGUGAAUAUUUUUGUAUUGUCGUAUUUAUUUAUUCAUAUUUGUUCAUCUCACUGUUUGAUUCCUAAUUUAUUAUAACUUGGCUAUUUAUAUGAACAAAGCUGUUAGGUCAGUUGAAUGUUAUUUACUACCCUCUUGUGUGUUUGUAAAUGGGACAUUUAAAGGAAAAAAAAAAAGCUUGGAUUUAUUUUAUUUGUUUUUGGUCCAAUUUAAACUAAAAUAUGUGAACUUUGACAAAUUUCCAGACCUCGAUUAAGAGGAAAUAAGAACUUGUAGGAACUCUGGAAAGAGAAUGAUUUUACCAGUAAUUUAAGAAUGUAGACUUAGCCUCUUUUUGAAGAGGGAACAUGCUCUUCUAUUGAUAUUUGUCAGUUUCAUAUUAUCGUGCGUUGUAUGCCAGGCCUGAGGAGGAGAACUCAGCAGAUCUGUUUCUUCUCUUUGUAAAUAGACAGACAAGCUGUGGGGGUUGAUUGUCUUCUCAACCAUGCUGGGGAUUCCUGCUCUAUGCUUUUUUGCUUGUAUUGCUGUGUGCAUGUCAAACAGGAGCUUUUCUUUGCAUGGCUUUAGUGUUUAAUGUUCCAUGCCAAACUCACCCCUUUUACCAGCCUUCAUUGAUCCCGCCCCCACCUACAGUACUGUAUUUUAAAGUUGAAAUUCCCUUCUCUCUGCUUUUAAUUCUGGCCUUUUAUUUGUUUUUGUUUUUUUUGUUUUGUUUUUUUCACUUUCCUCCCAGUCCUGCUGACUUUGUUUUUCUUCCUUCAGCUUGUGCACAAAGUUUUUCAACAAUGCUUCCUUUACACUGUACCUCUCCGUAGAAAGCUCAGAGGUCUGGGCUCUCUGCCUGUUGGUUGCAGAGGCACAGGGAGGGAAUACCACUACUACAAAAUCAAAGCAAUACCUGAUAUCCCCCUCCUCUUUGUUUUCUACAAUAGGAAGCAGACGGCACAGAGGAGAAAUAUUGGCCCAAUGGGGUCUUUUGUUGGUUUUUUUUUGUUUUGCUUUUUGACAGAGCAGGAGCAAAGCUUACUGAUGUAAUCCCCAUUCUAAAUAACUGUGAGCAUUUUCAGUGCUGAAACAAUAAACUCAUUCAGUUAUGUUGUGUUCGUUUCACUUCUUCAGUUCUGUGUAUCUUGGUGCAGCCCCAACA